CAGCGAAGGAAUUCACCGCCCGAUAGAAAUGAAUAUCGCCACGAAAACCGGCCUCAUCGCCAGCCCCCGGAAGCACAUUGUCCGUCCGAAGAAGGACUUCGACCCGGCCAUCCUGGCCCCAUGUGCGAUCACCCGUCAAGUGCCACUGGCGCUACGCCCCUUCGGUGGACUGUACAAUCCGUACUCCAAGGGCUGCUCCGUUCUGUGCAAUCAUCCGGCCGCCCAGGAGGUCAAAAAUGUUGUCCGUCUAGCUAAGGACGCUUGGAUCACCGAGGCCCGCAUCGUCCACAACGAAAAGUUGGGCCGGAAGGGUGAAAACAAACGCACCCUGUCCAAAGAUUCCGACCUGCCGGAGCACGUGCCGGAAGAGUUCUUCCGGCGGUACACGGACACGGACUCCCGCCCGCUGACUCCAACUCCGACCGUAGCUAGCGGGCGCACUCGAGCGAGUGUGGGUGGAUCCCACCUGACACGACGCUGUGUCACUCCGGAACCCCAGACGCAGAACUUGCAAGAACGUAAGCAGCUGAUACUGGACCUGCGCCGAAGUCACAGUCAGGAGACUCUGUACUGGAAUGCUUCAUCGGAACUGUCCCCGAGUCAGCUCCAGGAUCCUUCCUGGAUGCAGCAUCACAGCCAGAUACCUCCGACGGUCGACGAAGAGCAAGCACUUGGGGAGGGGCCAGAAUCGGACAAAGAGGGCAAGCCUACUCCAAUGACCUGUAUCAACGCUAUGGAGGAUGGCGAAGAAGACCCGCCGAGAAGGCGGGGCAAGCGAAGGAAGAAGUCCAAGUUGUUGGCGCAGACGAUUAGCUUCACCGCCAAUCAGGAUCCGGAGACUCAGGUGGCGACGAUAGAUCCGGACUCGCCGAACUACUCGGCGCGACCUUCGCUAGUACCGACCGGGCGCAGUCUACUGAGCUCGGCCGAGACACCUCCGAGAGUAUGCGCUGAAGAGCCCGUGGAGUACGUUGAGUGCUUCCUGGAUGAUGAGGCCUUGAGUUUACUGAGGCGUGGUCUGAACAUCGACAUCGUGGAAACGGUUUUUGACAGAUACAAAUCACGAGCGAUGCGGGAAGCCUUCCGAACUGCCACAACGGAUAAGUUGAACUUCCAAACAAGGGCGGUUAAACAACUGGAGGAAACGCUGGACAUUCACGACAUAGAUCACGAGAAGUGGAUCGAUCUACCGCGCAAAUUUUCCAGAUCUUCGGCACGUUUUGAGCUACCGAUGGACACGCGAACACUUUCGAUAAUGACACCGAUUGAGUACCUCAAGCGUCACGUCGUGCUCGGGGACGACCGGAAGAAGUUGUACCACCGGAUAUUCGUUCGCAACCUGCCGAGCGAGGAUGGGAGAUCGAUCCAGGAGUCGCAUGACAGCGACUCGAUUCCGGAGACGGAGAUUCACCACCCGCAGGAAAGCUUUCGCAAUCUGUUGGCCGAUGUGACGCGCGUCAUUCCGAUGGCGAACUUUGACAAAGCGAUGCACGAAGUGCUGGGAUUUCACGGAACGCCGGACAAGAUUUUCGAGAUCAGAGAGCUGCUGGAGUUGAACUACGAGUAUUAUCAGGAGAUUCCGAUCGAUUUUCGCUCGUGGUGUGGAAUUGUGGCCUUCGCGGAGCGGUACAUCAUUACGCAGGAUCGGGAUAAUGAUCCCUGUCAUGAGCUGGAGACUGUUGAUUUCGAAUCGCUGGAGCGGAGGAUUCGUUCCUCGAAGCCUUCGGAGAACUUGUGCACAGUGCUGCAUAUUAUUAAGAGCAAUUAAAGCCUGGUGGAGAUAUCAACCGAACGAAGCUCUCUCAACUAUCGAAUUUAGAAUUAUGUUCCCGCCCUGUGUUUUUUUUUUAGGUCUUUGAUUGAUGUGUGU